GCACGGCGGGCCGGGGCCUUUGUGUGAGCCGGCGGCGGCGAUGGUGCUCGGGCCCCGCGGAGCCGGAUUGACCUUGCUGAUAAAGAGGCAACUUAAUAGGAGCUGCUAAGAUGGGCAUGAGGAUCAAACUGCAAAGCACCAACCACCCCAACAACCUGCUGAAGGAACUCAACAAGUGCCGGCUAUCAGAGACCAUGUGCGAUGUCACUAUUGUGGUGGGGAGCCGCUCCUUUCCAGCUCACAAGGCCGUGUUGGCCUGCGCAGCGGGCUACUUCCAGAACCUCUUCCUAAAUACUGGGCUUGAUGCUGCCAGAACCUAUGUGGUGGACUUCAUUACUCCUGCCAACUUUGAGAAGAUUCUGAGCUUUGUCUACACGUCGGAACUCUUCACAGACCUGAUCAACGUUGGCGUCAUCUAUGAGGUAGCUGAGCGUCUGGGUAUGGAGGACCUCCUCCAGGCCUGUCACUCCACUUUUCCUGACCUAGAGAGCACUGCUGUGGCUAAGUCCCUGACCACCUCCAGUGACAGCCAGUCUGGUACCCUGAGUUGUCCUUCAGCAGAUCCCACCCAUCCCCUUGGAGAACUCCGGGGUGGUGGGGAACACUUUGGUCCUGAUAGAAACUAUGUGUUGCCUAGUGAUGCUGGAGGAAGCUAUAGAGAUGAAGAGAGGAAUGUUACCAGUGACACUAACCAUAGCUUGCCUCUGCCACAACCACCGUUGCCACCAAAGACAGAAGACCAUGAUGCCCCUGCUCAAUUCACAUCUGUUCCCAGUAUGAUGACCCAGCCAGUCCUUGGCACUGUCAGCACAGGCAUUCAGACCAGUACGAGCUCUUGCCAGCCAUACAAAGUUCAAAGCAAUGGAGACUUUAGCAAAAACAGCUUUUACACCUCUGACAAUGCCAUACUCAUUACAACUGGGACCAAUUCCUGUCUGAGCAAUAGUGACCACUCCAAAGAUCCAGGCUUUGGGCAGAUGGAUGAGCUCCACCUGGAGGACCUGGGGGAUGACUUGCAAUUUGAAGACCCCACUGAGGAGAUUGGAACGGCUGAGGAGGUGAUUGAGCUGAGUGAUGACAGUGAGGAUGAACUGACUUUUGGUGAGAAUGACAACCGGGAGAAUAAGGCCAUGCCCUGCCAGGUAUGCAAGAAAGUUCUAGAGCCCAACAUUCAACUGAUUCGGCAGCAUGCUCGGGACCAUGUGGACCUGCUCACAGGCAACUGCAAAGUCUGUGAGACCCACUUCCAGGACCGAAACUCUCGAGUGACCCAUGUCCUGUCGCACAUUGGUAUUUUCCUCUUUUCUUGCGACAUGUGUGAAACAAAGUUCUUCACCCAGUGGCAGCUAACCCUGCAUCGACGGGAUGGGAUAUUUGAGAACAACAUCAUUGUCCACCCUAAUGAGCCCUUGCCUGGGAAACUGGGUCUUUUUUCUGGGGUGGCCUCCCCAGAGUUGAAAUGUGCUGCUUGUGGAAAAGCAUUGGCCAAAGAUUUCCAUGUGGUCAGAGGCCACAUCCUCGACCAUCUGAACUUGAAGGGCCAGGCCUGCAGCGUCUGUGACCAGCGCCACCUCAACCUUUGCAGCCUCAUGUGGCACACACUCUCCCAUCUGGGCAUUUCGGUCUUCUCCUGUUCUGUUUGUGCCAGCAGCUUUGUGGACUGGCACCUUCUAGAGAAGCACAUGGCUGUGCACCAAAGCCUGGAGGAUACCCUCUUCCGCUGCCACGUGUGCACCCAGAGCUUCAGGUCUGAGGCUGCCUACCGCUACCACGUCAGCCAGCACAAGUGCAACAGUGGCCUGGAUGCGCGGCCUGGUUUGGGGCUACAACACCUAGCUCUCCAGAAGCGGAAGCUACCGGCAGAGGAGUUUCUGAGUGAGGAGCUGGCUCUGCAGGGCCAACCUGGGAACAGCAAGUAUAGCUGCAAGGUCUGUGGCAAAAGGUUUGCCCACACAAGCGAGUUCAAUUACCACCGGCGGAUCCACACGGGUGAGAAACCUUACCAGUGUAAGGUAUGUCACAAAUUCUUCCGAGGCCGCUCAACCAUCAAGUGCCACCUCAAGACACACUCCGGAGCGCUCAUGUACCGCUGCACAGUCUGUGGCCACUACAGUUCCACUCUUAACCUCAUGAGCAAACAUGUUGGUGUGCACAAAGGCAGCCUCCCGCCUGACUUCACCAUUGAGCAGACCUUCAUGUACAUUAUCCAUUCCAAAGAGGCUGAAAAGAACCCGGACAGCUGACUGGGUCUCAGCAGAGCCAGAGGGAGCUCCCAGGUGGCAGCCGGGAUGGUGAUUUUCUGAAGGCUGUUGGUCCCUCCCCAGCUGAAGCUAGUUUUGCCUUGCUAAGAAUUCUGUAUUGUGUUGAAAGAAGAAAUAGCACAUACACUGUUACUGUUUUUGAGAAGCAGCAGCCCUAUGACAUUUACCUCCAUACCUGUUCUUGCCCCCAAAGGGCUGCAUUCUCCAUUCUUUUGAGGCUGGUUUUAGGAUCUAGUCAACAGUUCUGUCAACUAGAUCCCCUUCCCCAGGCUCUCUAGUUUUAGUUUACUGCUAGGUUUUAUGCUGCUAAGAAUCCAACUAACAGCCUCACUGGAUAGAGGAGGUAGAGAAGGUCUCACUAUGGGUAUUACUGCCAGACCUCCAACUGUGAGACGGGUUAGGGAAUGUCAUUCAGAAAGGACUGGUCAUCAGGGCAGCUCACCUUGGGUUCCCACACCAGUCCUCAGCAGGGGCAAGGUGUCAGAAGCAGAGGGGGCUGUGUGUUUCAGGGCCCUAAUCUGCUGAUUGGGCAGUGAAAAUCUCUUGGCAGCUAGAUACAAACUGAGGACCAAGCUUUCUGUUUAGGUUGGAAAGCUUUGAAUGUCCCAUGGUGCCACCAGAUGGGGCAGCCCGGAUGGCUAGAUGAAGUCUCCUCUUUUCUCCCCAUUUCCAAAGAAACAGGAUUUUAUAGAGUGGUGACCCAGGACAUCAGGCAGAGAGGACAGAGCCACUUUAAUAUAGUCAUCUGUUAUCUGGCCACCUCUCUAACCUUGAGUUUCCUGGUGGAGGAGGGGACGUCCUGACAGCAGCAGCCUUGCCUUAAUUUACAUCCAGUUUCCCACCCAAGGUGUUUUGAUUGACAGUGUAGAUGAGAAAGCCCUGGGAGGUGGUGUGGUGGACCAUGAGCCCUUCAGGAUUAAAGGGGCCUGAGGAACUGGUGGUCUGUAGCAGGGUGUGCAUUUUGACUGUCCCAGUUGGUAAGCUGUUGUUUACUUUGUGGUAACAGUGUAGGAGCUUUGGCAGCUCACCUUUGACCUGCUGGAAUUGAUCUGGAUCUGUCAUUGCAUCACCUCCAGGGGCACUGUUGAAUGACAGCUGGUUCAGGCCCUCCAUGUGGCUGUAUGGCUCCAUUCUUUGAAGGAGUCUUGCCCAAAGAAGGCUGGAGGAGAGGACCCUUGAUCUUGCAUACUUACUUAUCAGGUGGCACUUCAGUUGCUCGUACUACCUCACCCUGCUCAGGUGAGCUCUGGGAGUCCCUAGCCUUGGGCCCAGCCACCGACACUGCCCCUGGUGGGACUCAGCAACACCCCAGGCUGUUUCAUAAGCAAGUGAUUUUAAUUAACUCACAAAGCCUUUUUAGACAUUAAUAUUUAUUUAUUUUUUGUUGUUUUGGUAUACAUAUUACCCAGCAUCUCUUUUAGAUAAGAGACUUCAGGAAAAUGAGUUUCUUUUAAGCAAGUAGCCAUAUUCCAACAGAUGUUGUGGCUGUGGAUUUUGAGAACAGGGGUAUGAUUAUGUAGAAUGUGCCAGGCCUUUUAAACAAGCACAUUUUCUUCUCUCCCGGUAUAGUCUCUAGCAGAAUAGAUCCAGGGGCCCUUUAGGCAACUGGUGUAAUUUCUAAAAAGUUGGGACAAUUGAGUUCCCAGACCUUUCAUUACCCUUCCAUCCUGUGAUGGGAUAAAUUGGAGCUGAGGUGAGCAGAUCGGGCCAUGUAAGAGCCUUUUGCAGUUUCUUACAAGACACGGGCAAACCAAAGCUCUAUCUCUCCUGGGCCUGCUGCCUCUCUCCCUAGCUUGAAACAGAGAGCCUUUGAAUUGGUGCACAGAGCACUCUGAUGGGCUCAAAUGAUGAGACUGGGACAGUGGCCAGUCAAAGGCCACCUUUCACCAUGUAAACUCAACUUGGGACAUUUUCAUCAGGAAAUUAUUGCUGAGACUUUUCGUUCUUUACUGCCUACUUUCUUACACUGAUCAUUAGGGAUUUAAGAAGGGCUUGUCUAACAGACUAUAGUUAUGUAUCUGCUGAGCUUUCCAAGCAUGGGAGAUCCUCCCUGGACUGGUAGUGAGGAGUGAAUACUGAAUGGUUGAUGUGAGAGAGGUGGUACUUACUGGAGCCCAACCAGGUAGCUGAGUGAAGAAACCCCUUUCCUUAACACAGCAUUAUGGAUGCUGGGUGGUCUGUAUACUUAACCUGAAACUGUGAAGUUUUCCCUUUUUGCCAGUAAACCAAAAAGUAGAUCUUUGAAGUUUUGCCCUUGAAACACUAAACAAAAGACUGUAGCCUCUGAUCCUCUGAGGCUAACACUAACUGGUUGAUCAGGGAGGCCUAGUUGGUUCCCAGUCAGACAUGUAGCAAGCAGAAUCAGUAGCUCAUGAGGCUCACUGAUCACACCUUGCCUCUUUGGGUAUCCCCCACUCUCACACCUGUCUCCCCUUCCAUAUGAAGUUGUGUUUGCGUCCUCUGCUGUUAGCUCACUCUUCUCUUGAGUUGGUUUACUUGAAACAGUACAUGGUAGCAAAGGACACUCAAGGAUACCUGAUGGAAGGUACUCAUUUUAUUUUGCAUUUUUAGUUUUCCAACUGAAUGUCCAUUUGCUUUUGUUGCCUUGUCCCUCUUGGAUCCUCAUAGAACUAUCCUCUGCUGUAUUGCUAUGGAAUUCUGUUUGACCUUUGAAUGUUCUGUCUUUGCCCCUUUUUCAUUUUUCUUGGUCUGUACUCAGGACCAGCUUCAUAAUUUGAAGAACCCCCUUGUUCACCAAUUAUUAGGAAUUUCCAGUUGGCUAUUUAUAGAGCAUUAAGCCAAACUUGGGGCCAUUCCCAGCUUAUUUCCUAAGGGGAAAUGGCAAUGUUGGUGUGGCAUGCUGGCAUAAAUAGCAUGGGCUGCUUGUGGCCAGAGGACAGGAUGUAUCCUUGCAUAUUGGUGACCCCUGAUGCCACAGACUGGCCAGAAGCUCUGCCAAGUGAACCCUAGUUCACUUGGUUCUAAGUUUUGAGACUUCAUGGGUCCUUAUAGUUCAUGGCAGUUGGGAAGAGGUAAGGUGGAGGGUGGGGCCAGGUAACCCUAAGAACCAGGAACAGGUGAGAGUUGACUUUAUUGUGAUCUAUCAGCAACCCUCUGUAGGGCAAACCUGUGAGCUUCAAUACCUUUUACUUAGGCAGGAUUUUGCUACUGAUCGUUUCCUUUUUUAGCUUCCUGCUGUGCCCUGUCCUUCAGACCGAGACUACUCAACUUUGAAAGUGAACUUAAAUCCCUUUAUAGAUGGACACUGAAUUUGUUGGCUUGAGAGUAGGCCAUAUGGAGUGGUCUCUGCCGUUCUGGGAGUACUUACCUGUCUUCUCCCUUAAAUCCUGUACUGAGUGAGUCAGAAAGCAGGGUGUACAACAUUAGUUUCAAUGUGAUUAUAUGUCAUAAACAACAUCAGAAUGAAAACGAAAGUUUUGAUUAUGAUGUUUUAACACCUUCCCCCACCCUCCCCCCACCUCUAAUAGCUAAAGCCCCUUAUGAAGCGGAGAAGAGCUGUUGCCAUCUAACUCCUUCCAUUAAAUUAAGAAGUACUGACCUCUUAAUAUUUAAGUGUUUACUAUCUAUUGCUGUAAAGUUUUGUAUAUUUUGUAAACCUUUUUUUCCCAAAUAGUAGAUGUCUAAAAUCGUUGUACAUCUGAUUCUUUUAUAUUCCAUUGUUCAGCAAAAAGUGUGGUUUUUUAUUUAGAAUAAAAAAAAAAAUUGAA